UCCGCGUUCGGGCCUGACGCUGUGUUAGAGGCAGCGGCGGCGGCGGUGGUGGGGGCGAGGGGCACGGGCUACGGGCAUGGACGUUUCGGGGCAGGAGACCGACUGGCGUAGCGCCGCCUUUCGGCAGAAGCUGGUCAGCCAAAUUGAGGAUGCCAUGAGGAAAGCUGGUGUGGCCCACAGUAAAUCUAGCAAGGAUAUGGAGAGUCAUGUGUUCCUGAAGGCCAAGACCCGGGAUGAAUACCUUUCCCUUGUGGCCCGGCUCAUUAUCCAUUUCAGAGAUAUUCAUAACAAGAAAUCACAAGCUUCUGUCAGUGACCCCAUGAAUGCACUGCAGAGCCUUACUGGUGGACCCACUGCAGGAGCAACUGGGAUUGGCAUGCCUCCUCGGGGCCCAGGACAGUCCCUAGGUGGGAUGGGUGGCCUUGGCGCCAUGGGACAGCCAAUGUCCCUCUCUGGGCAGCCACCCCCUGGAACCUCUGGGAUGGCCCCUCAUGGCAUGGCUGUGGUAUCUACAGCAACUCCACAGACUCAGCUGCAGCUCCAGCAAGUGGCAUUGCAGCAACAACAGCAGCAGCAGCAGCAGCAACAGCAGCAAUUCCAGCAACAGCAGGCAGCGGCACUGCAACAGCAGCAGCAACAGCAGCAGCAGCAACAACAGCAAUUCCAGGUACAACAGAAUGCCAUGCAGCAACAGUUCCAAGCAGUAGUGCAGCAGCAGCAGCAUCUCCAGCAGCAGCAGCAGCAGCAACACCUGAUUAAGUUGCAUCACCAAAGCCAGCAACAACAGAUCCAACAGCAGCAACUGCAGAGGAUGGCACAAUUGCAGCUGCAGCAGCAGCAACAACAGCAGCAAGCUUUGCAGGCCCAACCACCAAUGCAGCAGCCACCAAUGCAGCAGCCACAGCCUCCCUCUUCUCAGGCCCUUCCCCAGCAGCUGCAACAGAUGCAUCAUCCACAGCAUCACCAGGCACCUCCUCAGGCCCAGCAGUCCCCAGUUGCUCAGAACCAACCACCACAACUCCCAUCACAGUCACAAAGCCAGCCUUUGGUGUCACAAGCACAAGCCCUCCCUGGACAAAUGCUGUAUGCUGCUCAACAGCAGCUGAAAUUUGUCCGUGCUCCGAUGGUGGUCCAGCAGCCGCAGGUGCAGCCCCAGGUGCAGCAGGUGCAGCCCCAGGUGCAACAGCAGGCGGCAGUGCAGACAGCACAGGCUGCCCAGAUGGUAGCUCCCGGCGUCCAGAUGAUUGCUGAAGCCUUGGCCCAAGGCGGGAUGCACGUAAGAGCUCGGUUCCCACCCACCUCCACCAUGUCUGCUGGCCCGUCAAGCUCCAUCUCUUUGGGCGGACAGCCCACAGCACAGGUCAGCCAAAGCAGCCUCACCAUGCUGUCCUCACCAUCGCCGGGCCAGCAGGUGCAGACCCCACAGUCGAUGCCCCCUCCUCCACAGCCCUCCCCACAACCUGGCUCACAGCCCAACUCCAAUGUCAGCUCCGGCCCUGCCCCGUCCCCCAGCAGCUUCCUGCCUAGCCCCUCACCACAGCCUUCUCAGAGCCCAGUGACAGCACGCACCCCACAGAACUUCAGCGUCCCCUCCCCUGGACCUUUAAACACCCCUGUGAACCCCAGCUCUGUCAUGAGCCCAGCUGGUUCCAGCCAGGCUGAAGAACAACAGUAUCUGGACAAGCUGAAGCAGUUGUCCAAGUACAUUGAGCCCCUGCGACGCAUGAUCAACAAGAUCGACAAGAAUGAAGACAGAAAAAAGGACCUCAGUAAGAUGAAGAGCCUGCUGGACAUUCUCACUGACCCCUCUAAGCGGUGUCCCCUGAAGACCUUGCAGAAGUGUGAGAUUGCCCUGGAGAAACUCAAGAAUGACAUGGCAGUGCCCACACCCCCACCACCCCCAGUUCUUCCAACCAAACAGCAGGACCUGUGCCAGCCACUCCUAGAUGCAGUCCUGGCCAACAUCCGUUCACCUGUCUUCAACCAUUCCCUGUACCGCACAUUCGUGCCCGCCAUGAUGGCCAUCCAUGGCCCACCUAUUGUGUCCCCAGUGGUAUGUUCCCGGAAGCGCAGAUUUGAGGACGAGGAGCGGCAGAGCAUCCCCAAUGUGCUGCAAGGUGAAGUGGCCAGGUUGGACCCCAAGUUCCUGGUGAACUUGGACCCUUCUCACUGUAGCAACAACGGCGCUGUCCACCUGAUCUGCAAGCUGGAUGACAAGGACCUCCCUAGUGUGCCACCACUGGAGCUCAGUGUGCCUGCUGACUACCCUGCUCAGAGCCCGAUGUGGAUCGACCGUCAGUGGCAGUAUGGUGGAUGCCAACCCCUUUCUGCAGUCAGUGCACCGGUGCAUGACCUCCAGGCUGCUGCAGCUUCCCGACAAGCACUCUGUCACAGCCCUGCUCAACACCUGGGCCCAGAGCAUCCACCAGGCCUGCCUCUCAGCUGCUUAGCAAGCUGAACUUGAGGACCAGCGGCAGCCCCUGCUGCGGAGUUCACACCACUACCAUAUGUUACUGGGGGUUGGCUUCCUAGAGGGCCUGGCUUAGGCUAGCUUUCCUGCUUUUCCUUCUGUCUUGGGACUGUCAGAUGUUUCCCCAUGCUUGUGCAGUAUUGAUCAGGGAGCUGUGGAGCUGGCUGCAUGAGGGCCUGGGAUGUUCCCAGGAAGGCUUCCCAUUGAUUUCUUCCAGAAGUCAGGCCCAACACUUUCUACAGCCAUGCUUCCUACAGCCUUCCUGGACUCCAUGUCCACUGAGCAGCAUGAGAACUCAGGUCCCACCUCAGCGUCUCUGUCACAGUACAUUGUACCUGUGUCUGGAGAAUGUUGAGGACAUAGGAAACUCCAGUCACAGUGUGGGGUUCAGGCUGUGCCUCAUAAGGUACAUGGACACCUCACUAUGAAUACUUCUGAAUCUAGGGCCCAGGUUUCAGUUUGAAGGAAAGGCUAGUAAGGCAGCGGCAGCAGCAGGUUCUCUGCUGCUAGCAGGACCUCAGCUUCAUGGAUCUCCUCAGUGCUGUGAGAAGGACCAGCUGGGGCGGGGGCUGCCCCUGACAUUCCUAUGCCACUCUUGGGUGAAGGGCCUUUGUCAGUGCUGUGAGACAUGAGCGGCUGGUCAGAUACUGUCAUUGGGACCCACAGCCUCAGAACACCGUAUUCUUAUUAUCUGUACCGCCACCAGGAGCAUGGGCUUCCUUCAGAACGCUGCCCUAAGGCACUUGCCACGCUGGGCUGUAAUGGGUAGCGCUCUGGUGAAAAGAAAUUCCCCAUUUUUAUAUGUGCACUACUCUGUUAUAUGAUUUUUAUAAUAAAUUUAUUAUUCCUGUGUUUGU